AUGGGAAUUAUGCUCAUUGCUAGCCAGAACAUUUCAUUUUGGGAAUUCAGCAAUGGGUUCUGCAAGAACUUAGCAGACAAAUUUCUGCUCAAAGAAUCGAACUUGCAUAACACCAUUAACAGCAUUGCAAGCAGAUCUGAAUCCGAAGAGGAGGAAAAAGAAGAGAGAACUGACAAGCGGGUGUUUCGACCUUAUGGCAAUGGAACAUACUUGUUUAUCCAGAUGGGUGCUUACAGAGGUGGAGAAACUACUUUUGCUGUAAUUGGGCUGGUAUCUAAGCCUCUUCAUGUUUUUGGGAAGCCUGGAUUUGAAUGUGAAUGGAUCCCCAGGAAUUCGACCCUGGGACCUAUGAAAGGCAAAAUUCAUAAUAUCCUACCUGAUUGGGGCUAUGGCAGAGUUUAUACUGUGGUUGUCCUCAACUCUUUCAUCACCAUAGUGUUUACCCUUAUUUUAUCAAUCAUGAGUUUAACAAUAUUUCUAAUGGAGCCAUAUAAAACUAAAGCGUGUAAGAUACGUGUACCAGAUCAUGUUGCAGUAUUGUUUGAAUGGUCAAAGCUACGAAAAGUUCUGGAUCCAUGGAUUGAGGCAGGGCGUGUGACAUUGCAGGACAUCAGAGAUCAAGAACAGUUUGAUGGGUAUUAUCAUAACCAGUUCUUGAUUGUUAAUGAUUGUUUGCACAGGUACAAAUUCAUGGCUAAAUGGACUUUUUCCUUCGAUGUGGAUGAGUUUCUGUAUGUUCCGGGUGGCUCGAGUAUUGAUUCUGUUGUUCAAAGAUUCUCCGAUUUCACCCAGUUCACCAUUGAGCAGUACCUCAUGUCCAACAGAUUGUGCUUGGAGCUUGAAAACUCUGAGAAUUAUUCCAGUGAAUGGGGAUUUGAGAAACUGCAUACUUUCGAUCUCUUCUAA